UCCCUUUAUAUUAGCUUGGGAAGCCUUACUUAUAUACAUACAUGAAACAGAGCAAAGAUAUUCUAUUCCUUCUGCAGAACUGAAUCUUUCAUUGGUUAACGAAAAAAUAACAAAAUAUCCAAGAUGAUGAAAAAUACGUACAUGAGAUUAAAACUACCAUUAAUUUGCUUUAUUUGGGAAAUCGCCAUGAUAAUCUUGUUUGGAGUAUUCGUACGUUAUAACCAUGAUUCAGAUCCCCAUUGGGAAGAAUAUAGAAAAGCUGAAAACAUUUCGAGCAACAUUGAAAAUGACUUUUAUUAUCGGUAUCCAAGUUUUCAAGAUGUCCAUGUGAUGAUCUUUGUUGGCUUUGGUUUUCUCAUGACAUUUCUGAAAAGAUAUGGCUUUAGCAGUGUUGGGUUCAACUUCUUGCUUGCUGCCUUUGGAGUUCAAUGGGCCAUUUUGAUGCAGGGCUGGUUCCACACGUUUCAAGAAGGAAAGAUUUUAAUUGGUGUAUCAAGCCUUAUAAAUGCUGACUUCUGUGUGGGAUCCGUUUGCAUCGCCUUUGGUGGAGUCUUGGGCAAAGUGAGCCCAGUGCAAGUCUUGGUGAUGACUCUGUUUCAGGUUACUCUCUUUGCAGUGAAUGAGUGGAUCCUACUAGAAAAGUUACACGUUAUUGAUGCUGGUGGCUCCAUGACUAUUCACACAUUUGGGGCAUAUUUUGGGCUGACGGUUGCAUGGAUACUAAGGCGCCCUGACUUACAUAAAAGGAACAAUAAGGAAGGAUCAGUGUAUCAUUCUGACCUGUUCUCCAUGAUUGGAACUCUAUAUCUGUGGAUGUACUGGCCCAGUUUUAACUCUGCUGUCUCAAAUCACGGUGAUGCUCAGCACAGAGCUGCCAUUAAUACAUACUGUUCUUUAGCUUCCUGCGUUCUUACAACUGUUGCCAUUUCCAGUGUGGUGAACAAGUCUGGCAAACUUGAUAUGGUUCAUAUUCAGAAUGCAACACUGGCUGGAGGAGUAGCAGUUGGCACAGCUGCAGAAAUGGCACUAACCCCAUAUGGAUCUCUCAUAGUUGGAUUUAUAUGUGGCAUUGUGUCUACACUUGGAUUUACCUAUCUUUCCCCAAUUUUGUCUUCCAAACUUGGGCUCCAUGACACAUGUGGGAUACACAAUCUGCAUGGCAUGCCAGGUCUCAUUGGAGGCAUUGUGGGAGCAGUAACAGCUGCUGCUGCAACAGAAGGUGUUUACACUGCAGAGGGUCUAAAACACAUGUUCCGUUUUGAAGAAGAAUUUAAAGACAGAACGCCAAGCAUUCAAGGGGGAUAUCAGGCAGCCGGCAUUUGUGUUUCACUUGCAUUUGGAUUGGUGGGAGGUACUGUUGUAGGUUUUAUUCUAAAAUUACCAAUAUGGGGUGAUCCAUCUGACGAGAACUGUUUAGAAGAUGAUGUUUACUGGGAGGUUCCAGAGGAAGAAGAAGAAAUCAAUAUUGAGAUCGGCAAACAUUUUAACUCUCAUGAGCCACAGAAAAUUGCACAGUCUUGAAAGGAUUUACAAUGAGAAGAAAGGAGUCCAGUAGUCAAAAUAGCUGACUUAAUAUAGUGUUAUUGUUUUUCUAAUCUGAAAUUGUUGUAGGUUUUAAUAAUAGGCAUUCUCAGAUUUUUUUUCUGGGAGGGGCAAAAAAUAAAUAUCUGCCAUAAUAACAAUGUUGAUGUAGACAACUGCUAAUACAUAUACAUUGGAUACAAAGAGCAAAAUAAGAAAUAAAUAAGGGAGGAGGGCACGUUUCCCUUUCAUACCCCGCUCUGGAUGCCUCUCUGGUUGCAAUAAUAAUUUGUUACAUUUCUUUAAGGAUUUUUUCACCAGUUAGUUUUCCUUUUAAAAAGAUUUGAAUAUUACUUUAUUACACUAUGCAAAUGAGGAAAACAUGUAUCACGUGUACAUUAUACACAAGAUUUGUAAGUAAUAAACUAUACCACAACAUGCA